UUCCGGUGCCGAUGGCAAGCCCCAGCCGCUCGUAUUGCCUGCCGCGACGCUCUCCUCUGGUUUGAAAAAGCGGAGAGGAGAGGGGAGGAGGAGGGGAGAGCAGAGCAGGAGAGGAGUUGGAGGAGAAGAGCUCGUCUCUGCUCCCUCUCGUUCUACGCAGAGACAAAGAGAGAGACGUAAGAAAUGGUGACGGCGAAUGGUGCGGAGGAGGCAGACGGAGCGAUCGCGACCGACUUCUUCUGGUCGGAGACAGACGAGCCCCAUGCCUCCAGGCGGCGUCAGAUCCUCGCUCUCUACCCUCAGAUCAAGCAACUCUUCGGCCCAGAUCCGUUCGCUCUUCCCAAGAUCACAGCGGUGGUGCUGCUCCAACUGUGGACGGCGGCUUCCCUUGCAGAGUCUCGGUGGUUGACGAUUCUGGCCGUCGCCUACUUCUUCGGCUCCUUCCUCAACCACAACCUCUUCCUGGCCAUCCACGAGCUGAGCCACAACCUGGCCUUCUCGACGCCGUCCUACAACCGGUGGCUGGGCAUCUUCGCCAACCUCCCAAUCGGCAUCCCCAUGUCCGUCACCUUCCAGAAGUACCACCUGGAGCAUCACAGAUACCAAGGGGUGGACGGGUGGGACAUGGACGUUCCUAGCCAAAUCGAGGCCCGCCUUGUCACCAACCUCUUCGCCAAGUCUCUGUGGGUUAUCUUCCAGCUCUUCUUCUACGCCUUGAGGCCUGUCUUCCUCAAGCCGAAGCCCCCGGGCCUAUGGGAGGCCACCAACCUCGCCGUUCAGCUCGCACUCGACGCCGCCCUGGUCCGCUUCUUCGGCUGGAGGUCUCUGGCCUAUCUCAUCCUCGCCACCUUCGUCGGCGGCGGCAUGCACCCGAUGGCCGGCCACUUCAUCUCCGAGCACUACGUUUUCAACCCGCGGCAGGAGACGUACUCCUACUACGGGCCACUCAACCUGCUCACCUGGCACGUCGGCUACCACAACGAGCACCAUGACUUCCCCCGCAUCCCCGGCAACAGGCUGCACAAGGUGAGGGAGAUCGCGCCGGAGUUCUAUGACAAGCUCCAUUCCUACAGGUCGUGGAGUCAGGUCAUUUACAUGUACCUCGCCGACCCGACCGUGGGACCUUUCAGUCGCAUGAAGAGGAAGCUAUCCGCUGCUUCCAAGAAGGAAUAGGGAAACGCAUGCAGGAAGAGAGAGAGAGAGAGAGGGAGUCCUUUCUCCCUUUUUUUUUUUUUGGUUGUUGUUCUUUUUCUUUAUAUGCUGCUCUUUUUUUGGUUCUCCUCCAACAGGGUUUUGGCGAGCGCUUCUCCUCUAUCUAUAUUUAUUUAUUUCUUAUAUAUUAUCUUUUCUGCCCAAAAAUGAGAGUCAAUCCAUCAACUAGACACGCUUUUAAGAACUAUGUGACUGUUCUCUUUUGCGGAGCUGGUUGGGUCUUACUGGUUCUGAUGCACCAAAAACUUCAAGGUUUUAAGCUUAUUUUCAAAAUGUAUAAAUAUCAUGUACUGGAAAUUUAAUUGGCCA